AUGAGUGUUAAACUGGAAAACGAACGAACUAUGACUGAUUUAGAAAUGAUGGAAAGAAAACCUAAAAGAAAAAACAGUGUCAUUUAUCCGGUGCAUAAAACGAAAUGGAAUUUGAUUAUUCUGGCGGGUAUCGUUAGUGCGUUGAACGCCGUCGAGAAUUCGGUUAUUGGAUUAGGAGAAUGGCCCUAUUUGAAAGUGUUAGAUUCCAAUGCUGACGCUCAAUUCUUUGGAUUUGCCACGUCUGCAUCCAAAUGUGGUCAUGCAAUUUUCGCACUAGUUUUCGCAAUUUGGAGUUAUCGAAUUGGAUCAAUCAAAAUCCCCCUUCUUGCUGGCAGAUUCAUCGCAUUAGCAGCAUGCAUGAUUUACAUUUGCAUUGAAUACGUGCCACGUGGCAGACGCUACAUCUCAAUGACUGUUUAUAUAUUGCUGGGAAUCGCAAACAGCUCCUCGACGGUGCUCCGUGCCUAUAUCACCUAUCUGUCAACGAACGAAGAUCGCCCGCGCGCGUUUGCUUGUAUUGGUCUUUCGGUUAUUUGCUCGCUUGUCAUGGGUCCCAUGAUUCAACUCUGCUUUAGCAGCAUCAGCUAUCCAGGUUAUGAAGUAUUCCACGGAGUUCACCUUCAUAUCUACUCGGCUCCGAUUUGGUGUUCAUUCGUUCUCACGGUUGUCACCAUCGUUCUCAUUCAAACUUUUAUGCAAGAAGUUGAAAAAGACAGCAAAACGGACAAAUUUGAAGAAGAUAAUUUGAUGACACUAGAGGGAUUGAAAAUGAGCAUUAAGAAGUUGCGUGAGACAAAUGUUGACUGGAAAUUGAUUACAGUGUGUCUUGUAGUCAAACUCGCCAACAGUUUCUCUCAUGCAACAAUGCACACGAUUAUGUCACUUUUCUUUAUGGUCCAAUACGGAUGGACUGGUGAAGAAACAGUCAAAGCUUCAUCAAUUGUUAUGAUCGGAUUUGGCGGAGUUUCUAGCAUAGUCCUUAUUCUCUAUAUUUUCUGCAAAUUAGGGCUAAUUUUCCCACAGCGCUACACAUUCCUCUUUGCCAUUAUUCUGUCAGGAUUUGUCUUCAUUGUGACCUACCCUCACAAACCAAUCAGUACCCCUGUUGUACUGUACAAUGAGACUACCAAAGCUGGGUGUAAUCCAGCCGAAUAUUCGUGGUGUGAGACCGCCUAUGCGGUCAAUCCGUAUUUAUUCUUGGCUGUUACUGUCUUGGUGACCUCGCCGUGUCUUCCAUUAUUACAUAUUUCUCUUGACACGCUUUAUUCAAAAAUUUUAGGAAAUAUUGAUCAGAAUGUUGCUCAUGGUGCAAUGACAGUAAUCGACGAUAUUGUAUUCAUGGUCACACCAAUUUUCACUACCACCAUGUUUGUAUAUUAUGGCGUUGGAACCUUAUGGAUUGCCAAGGCAACGGUGUUCUUCGGAAUUGCGAUUUUGUGGUCAUGCUUCCUGCCAAGAAUCAAGAAAUACGAGUAG